AUGUUGCCGCCCAAGAUCCUCAUAAGCCUUUGUGGCUAUUCUGUUACCAUCCAGGCCUGCUCCCUCCAUGACAUCGCGCCGGUACCAUCUUCGGAUCUCGCCCGCCGUUCUGUGUUGCCUGGAAAGAAGCUCCCGACAGUGAUUAAAAACGUGCGCAUCUUCGAUGGAUGGCGGAUGACCGACCCGCUGGACAUCUCGUUCCACGGGGAGACAAUUUCUCCUGGCCCUUUCCACCCUGAGAAGCCGGAAGUCACCGUCGACGGCACGGGGAAGUUUCUUAUCCCUGGCCUCAUUGACAGCCACCUGCAUAUCUCCAGGGUUUCUGAUCUGGAGCUUCUGGCAUCCUAUGGAGUCACUACUGGCGUCCACAUGUCUUGCCAAAGCUACGAAGCAUGCCACGCUUUCCGCAACCAAACAGACCUCACUUCAAUCAUCUUCGCGGGCACCGCCUUCACAGGAGCUGGCAACUCCAGUUCCAAUCUGCCGCAGACAGGUGUGCCGUUCCCUGAUCUGGACGAAGCCACAAUCAUCGCCAAUGUCUUCAACAACGGUUCCGAUGUUUUCAAAGUCGCAAUCAAUGACGAUGGUCCCACGCAGGAUGUCCUGAAUGGAUUAAUCCACGAAACCCAUAAAGUAGGGCGUCAGGCCAUGACACACGCCACCACCAGAGAAGCAUUUGCCUGGGCCGUAUGUGCCAAGACUGAUGGCCUCCAGCACAUGGCUGCUGAUGGGCCUCUCUCGCGAUGCAUCAUCGACCAGAUACUGAAGAACAGACAAUUUGUCACACCGACAAUGAACAUCUUUAAGCAAGCCUUUGAAAAUCCCCUCAUUCUCAACUUUCUUCGUCCGAAUGGGGCGGGUAACAUCACAUAUGAGGCCGUGGUCAGCAACGUCAGACUCUUGCACAAAGCAGGAGUGCCACUGCUUGCCGGUACAGAUGCGGUCGGUGUCGUCACACCGAUGAUAAGUGUUCCGUUUGGCUCGACGCUGCACUGGGAGCUCCAGAAUCUGGUGGUUGCUGGUCUGUCACCAUUGGAAUCUCUUCGAGCUGCGACUGUGGUGCCAGCCCUGUAUCAUAGACUGGAGGAUCGUGGAGCAAUUGAGCAUGGGAAAAGAGCGGACUUGGUGCUACUAAACAGCAAUCCUUUGGAUGACAUUGUGAACACAAUGGAUAUUGCCAGGGUCUGGGUUGCGGGAGUUGAAUUCCAAGACAGUAGUGGAAAGUCGGAGAAAUUAUAA